AUGUGGUUAGUUGCGAAAAACAGUUCCCUGCUGUCGCCUGAUCUGACGCUGAUCAUUUUACAUAUUGCCUUAAGAAAUUUAAGGGUGUUGGGGUCCAUCGGGCCGAGAACCUCGAUACAUAUUGGCAUGAAUUCCAUCGAGCGGAGGGCGUUCCCAUAUUUUUUAAUUUUCUCGUCCGCUGCCCUGGCCGCGGCCAAACCGCAUUCUUUACUUGUCAAGUUUACAUAUCGUUCGGCAAGGGUGCCAGGGACCGUAACAUCCCACGCCAAACAUCUACCGGCUCUCCAAGGUAUUAGUGUGUAUCCGUCCGGGCGCCUACCAUCAUGCGCAGAAAUGCCGGAUGGUUCCUUGAGAACCGGGAAUUUUUCCCCCGUGAUAAUCGACAACAAUUCAACGGGUUACUUCAGCCCUCCCCUGCUCCUACCCUCCAAUGGCACGUCCCUAUCAAUCCCCCUUAACUUUCAGCUGGCUGCGUCUCCAAACAACAACACCACUAACAUUAACAACAACAACAACAUCAACAACAACAACCACCUACCGGCCAUUAUGCCAUCAACUGCUACCACUACUAACUGCGUUAACAACAACAACACUAACGCCAACAACAACCACAACAACAUCAGCCACAACAAUGUUGUCAACAACAAUCACAUCAACAACAUCAACAACACCAACACAAUCAACAACAACAACAACAUCAUUAACAACAACGUCGUUAAUGGCGACUAUCAAAAUGAGAGAAUGGUGUACAGUCCUUCGGGCACCACACCCUCCCCCAUCUGCAUGGAUGCUUCCAACCAACAAGCGGCGCACCAGCAGCAGCAGCAAGCGCUUCCGACGUAUUGGCCACAGAACCAAAUGAUUGACACUGCACGUGAUGCUAUCUCGACCUAUUACUCUCCACUUAUAUUUCAGAACGCGGCACCUGGCUACUACCCGACCAUGCUGAAGCAGGCGACGGACAACGGUGGCAAGCCCUGCAACGGUGGAGUAGCCAUCUACCAGUGCGGUCUUCAGUACGGAAGUGGCGGCACCAUGCCACCAACGGCCACCUACCCUCAUCAUCAUUCUGCCAUCGCCAUAUCAUCCGUCUGUCAGGCUCCGGCCACCUGCUACCCAGUACCUCUAGCAAGUUAG